AUGUCCGCCGACUCUAAUUCCCCGCGCGCCAUUGCUCUUGGCUACAUCUCCAACUCUCAUUUCCACCGCCGCUACACACUCCCCGCCACUGGGGAGCAUGACAGCCUCACCUUCACUUAUGCGGACGUCGGAGCCACUCCCAGUUCAACGAAUCUGAAUCCUCGAACCAUCCUCUUUAUGCCGGGCAUGUUCGCCUCCCGAUAUCUCGGCGUAUUUAUACAUGCAAUUGCAGAGAAACAUGGCGUGCGUGUCUUGAUAGUCGAUCGGUUGUUCCACUCAUCCCAAAACCCAUGGUCCUUCUCAAUGCUAACCAUCCAACACAGCCCCGGAAUGGGCAACUCCACCGACGUCCCGCUAGAUCAACGACUCUCCAUCUGGAUCGAACUAGUGCCCCGUCUCCUAGCGCAUCUAGAAGUCGAACAUGUAGCGCUGGUCUCACAUUGUGCCGGGACCAUUUAUUUAUUGAAUACCCUGUUCCAUUGUCGUGACCUUCUCCAUCCAGAGAGGCCAUUCGUCGCUUUUUUGGCACCCUGGGUACAUCCUUCUCAUUCCCACGUCACGUCCAUGCAAAUGGCCCAAUAUGUACCGGUCAAAGCAUUCAGCAUCUGGAAUCUGAUUCCAAAGUUUCUUCUUUUGAAAGCGGGUCCAGCUUUUACCUCAAGCGGGGUUGCUAUCACGAAGACCUCAGAUGUUAUCUCCUCCGGCUCUGGUUUCAGUAGCGGUGAAGACAACACGACGGAGUUAGAGAGGAACCGACGACAGAUUGAGAAUGAGUACGGACUCUCUCGAGAUGUGCAGGCUGAGCUCGAUAGUUUGAUGUUCCAGUUCAUGUUCGAGGAAAGCACUGUCGGUGCAAACAGUGAGGCUUUACAGUGCUUGCGGAAGGGGUCUGAUAGUGGAAAGACAUGGGGAAAGUGUGAUGACUACGGGACUUACGUGAAGGAGUUAGCAACUCUUGAGGGAAGGAGACAUAGACGAGCAGGAGAGGAAAAGCUGAAGGUAAGGGCGUAUUUCGCGGGCAAUGACUCCAUGAUUGGGAAAGCUGGCCAAGAGUAUGUAGAGGAGUGUUGGGCAUGUAAUACGAGGGAAUUCAAGGAGACCAUUGAUUUCGAAUCAAGGACCUUUCCGGAGUUGGAUCACGACAGUUUAGUUCAGUCUGCUGAGGUUUUGAAGAGCAUUUUCCUCCAUGCUGGAGGCACCACACCCGAUGGAUUCGAAUCAAAUUGA